CUUCCGCCCUCUUUCGGUCACAUGAUGUGCGGUCCCCGGCCCGGCAGCCCUUACGGGAGCCCGAUGGGGACAAUCAGGCCCUUCUUUGCGUCUUGCGUGGGGAGUGCGGUGAGCGCGCCUCGCGCCGCCUGACCCCCCUCCCCCCCCGCCCCGCGAGAGGCAGCCGCGAGCGCCCGGAGCGGGGCAGCAACGGCCCGGGCAGGGCAGGGGGCCGCGGGGCGCCUUCCCGCCCGCCCUCGGAAUGAGCGGGGCUGCAUUUCCAUCUCCAGCUGCUGAGAUGGCAGAAAUUAAUCGCCUUCAGUAUGAGAUGGAAUACACCGAAGGCAUCAGUCAGCGAAUGAGGGUCCCAGAGAAACUCAAAGUAGCUCCUCCAAAUGCUGACCUUGAGAAGGGCGUCCAAGAAGGAUUUCCAAAUGCCAGUGUAACUAUGCAGGUUCCAGAGAGGAUUGUAGUGGCAGGUAACAGUGAAGACAUUCCAUUUUCCAGGCCACCAGACCUUGACCUCCUUCAGUCUACUCCAUUCAAACCACUGGCAUUGAAAACUCCUCCCCGUGUUAUUUCUCUUAGUGAUCGACCACUAGAUUUUUUGGACCUGGAAAGACCUCCACAGCAGACACCUCAAAAUGAAGAGGUCCGCUCAGUGGGAAGACUGAAAAGAGAACGCUCCAUGAGUGAAAACGCCGCUCGGCAGAAUGGCCAGCUGGCCCGAAAUGAUUCCAUGUUGCACAGAUCAGAUACUGUCCCAAGAAAUAAAAUGCCACGGUUCCAGUCACCUCUUUCGACUAAGGAUUGCACUGUGACACCAUCACUGCAACAGGCUCGUAUCUGUCCUCCCAAUAUGUUACCCGAAGAUGGAACUAAUCUUUACUCUGCUCGUGGCAUUUUGUCGUUUAUCCAGUCUUCCACUCGUAGGGCUUACCAGCAGGUCUUGGAUGUGCUGGAUGAAAAUCGCAGACCAGUGUUACGUGGUGGGUCAGCUGCUACCACUUCCUCUAACCCUCAUCAUGACAACACCAGAUAUGGUCUUUCCAACUUGGAUACUGCGCUUGAGGGAACACCAGAUGACAUGACAGCUGUGGAUGCUGCCUCCUUAAGAAGACAGAUAAUCAAACUUAAUCGCCGUCUACAACUUCUGGAAGAAGAAAAUAAAGAGCGUGCUAAAAGAGAAAUGAUCAUGUACUCGAUUACUGUAGCUUUCUGGCUACUCAAUAGCUGGCUUUGGUUUCGGCGCUAGACACAGCUCUCCAAAGGAUUUAAUAGUUGAAAAUAUAAAAAAAUUUGCAAAAUUCUUUGGUUUUGUUUCUGUUUCUGAAUUGUAUGCUGUUUUAUAAUUCAUACACUGGAAAUUUCACCACAGGAAAAGGCGAUAGAAUUGCAGUGUUAAAGGGACACCUUGUUCAGUUAUACUGUACUUAACAGAUUUGCAUUGCAAAUACUUGCAGUAUCCUCCCUUUGCAUGCUUCAAUGUAAAUAUGGAUCAGAUGAUUUAAAAAUGAAAUUUGCUUCUUGCAAUGUAAGGACAGUGACCUACAGAAAUAAUCACUGGAUGUUUUGUUGUGGGAAGAGAACAAAGGAAAUGGGUUUGGAGAAAGGAUUAAAAAAGAAUAAAAAUUGGUUUUUAUUGUUCUGUUGUUAGAGGCAGUUAAACAUUAUUGCACUUGUUUUCCUUUAGUCAGACUAGUUACAGAGGUGUACCAUAUUCAAGGAGUUUGUCCUGUUUCAUGAGUAUGUUCCUUGUUUAAGCACAUGUUCAGGUCAAAUAAUAAAAGGUAUUCUUUGCUAACAUGCAGAUUGUCCAGAGGUGUGUAAUAUGUAUUUUUUAUUUUAGCUUUAAUUUUGCAGAUGUUUUUCUAUAAAAUAUGUUUGUAAGCAAGUCAGUCUGUGAGUGAUUGAAAGAUUAUGGAGUACAAGGUACUGAUGUAGUGUAUUUAAUAAAACUCUCAAAAUAAAACAUUGUUUCAUGUUAUUUUAAGAAACUUUGUUUAUUUGAGGGUUUAUCUAAACUAACAGUCGUUGCAGUAAGUAGUGGUGAUGGACUGAACAACUCCACAGUAGCAUUUAUUCUUGCACGUGGGCAUCCCGUAGCCUGCUGCAGUGCUACCGUCCCUGAAUGCAGUGGGCUUGUUCCUGGCACGCAUGGUGGGUGUAGAUGGGAGGUCAGCCCCACGUCCCCACGUACAAGAGUGAGUCAGUCUAAGCCUCCCCCACCUUUUUGGUAGCUACCACCCUUGGUGGGCUGUGCAGAGGAGCACUGAGCCACGGUACUGCCUCCCGCGUGCCAGUGGUUUCUCGGAGCCCCAGGGCCACAGUGAACGUGUCCACUUGUGCACAGAGCUGCCGCAGCCGCUUCCCUGCACGCCUGAGUCCAGCUGUCGGGACAAGCGCACAUGGAGAAAGCCGAAUUGAGGACAGCAGUGACAUUGAACCAGUACUUUGGACGAACCUUUCCUAGGACGGCUUUGUCUGUGCAGGACUUUUUCUGGACCCCAAAAGUAUGUAGAGUGGUAAGAGAGGAUGCGAUGCACUGGCUGCAGAGGGAGAAGGACGGGUCUGGCUCUUUCUGAGCUGUCUUUGGCACAUGUUGCAGCAGCUGAGGCUGCGGAGCAGUAUCGCAGCUACUUUUUGGCAGAGAUGCACCCACAGGUCCUGCAGGGGUAAUUGCUGGGGUUGGUUUGGCAGCCCUGCGGCAGGAGUCGUGGUGGAGCAGUGCCUCUCCCCUGACUGGGACACAGGGAGCUGGGGGCUGGCAGCCAUCAAGGAGCUCCCUCCUCCCCCUGCUCUUCCCCCUCGGCCGAGGUGAACGAAAUAAACUGCCUGGAAGACUGAAAGAUGGCCAGCACUUGGCUGAGCAAUACCUGAUUGUGAUUAUGACUGUCUACUGUGAUUCACAGUAUUUAUCUGGGAGAAUGUGAGAGCUGCGAGCCCACAGUGCAGGCCUGGAUGGUGCAAGCAGCAGCACAGAUUUCCGCUUCCCAAAGGCAAUUGCCGGGGCGGUUGUCCAGGAAGCAUCGGCAUGAGGAGACCUGAAGGUUUUGCUGUAACCCCCUCCAAGUUUCUGGUUAAGGAACGCUGCUCUCAUCGGUUUCAUGUAUUGUCAUGAAUUAAAUACAGCCUGAUUAUCUGA